ACAGUCUGUGAACUCCUGUGACCUCGGUUUACGCAUGCGCAUUGCGUUUUCCAAUAUGGCUGACGCAAGCUGGCCCGAGUGUGCAAAGUGUUUGAAAGGUGUCAUUUUGGACCUGUGUGGAGUGUUGUAUGACAGCGGUGAGGGGGAUGGAGUUGCCAUUCCUGGCUCUGCUGCUGCUGUGAAAAAGCUUAAAGAAUCUGACCUGCAGUUGCGUUUUUGUACCAAUGAGACACAAGCAACAAGAGAGAAGUUUGUUGCUAAACUUCAGAGACUGGGUUUCGACAUAUCGGUGUCUGAGGUCUUUCCUCCUGCUCCUGCAGCCAUAGCAGUCCUCAAAGAACGGGGUUUACGACCCCACCUGCUGGUACAUGACGGACUCCUCAAUGAGUUUGUUGGAGUUGACCAGACAAACCCCAACUGUGUGAUCAUCGGAGAUGCAGCUGAAAACUUUUCCUACAAGAACAUAAAUGAGGCCUUCACAGUCCUUAUAGGCUUGGAAAAGCCAGUGCUGUUCUCUCUUGGUCAAGGGAGGUAUUAUAAAGAGACAGAUGGCUUGAAAUUAGAUGUUGGUGUUUACAUGAAGGCUCUUGAGUAUGCAUGUGAUUUAAAGGCGGAGGUCAUUGGUAAACCAUCCCCAACGUUCUUCCAGAGUGUUCUAAAUGACAUGGGACUUCAACCAAAUGAAGUGCUGAUGAUUGGAGAUGAUCUUGUAAAUGAUGUAGGUGGAGCCCAACAUUGCGUAAUGAAAGGCGUGCAAGUUAGGACGGGAAAAUACAGGCCCAGUGAUGAGAAACACCCAACAGUAAAAGCCGACGGUACUGUGGACAACCUGGCCCAGGCUGUGGACAUAAUUCUGAGUCAGAGAAGACGUUAAAUCCAAGGCAACUGACGAUGAGGACUCUCCGGUCACUCCUGUAGCUCGUAUAAGUGUUGUUUCAGAUGGGAAGUGGGCUCCGUGUUUGGGUAAUUUCACACAAAACUGUCCAAACAGUGCGAGAAUUGAACAGUACUUUCCAUAUACAGUGGAUCCUGUAUAUAAACUAUUACAACUCACUGCUGUGUCAAACGCAGCCAUCUGCUGCUCCACAUAUACCGCCUCACUAACUCGACUAAAAUUUGAUUCGGGUCUGCAAGAGAUAGCUGUGAAUGCUUUACAGUUGCACUGCGCGUUUGUCAGUGCGUGACUCACAUAGAUAAGAUACCUCAAGCUGACACACAUGUGCCGACAACCAGCUGCUGAUUGACAGUUAUAUGAGGAAAGUACUGACGCUCAGAAAACCUGCUAACCACCGUACGUGAGGGCGGCUUGAAGUCGCCGUGCAUGGGCGCAGCUGUGUAAGUUUAGUUAAUAAAUGUAAGAAUAAUAUUAGGCUCUAAAAUAAAGUUAUUUUACUAAUGUGUGUGUGUGUGCGUUAUCCUCCUGGAUUUGUCUGGGGGAAAUUUGGCCUUGAAAGUGACACAUCUCUGGAAAUGGGAAGUGGGCUGGUCUGAUGGGGAUGAUAAAUGCAGAACACAGGCAAGGUGAUAAAUAACGUGGAUGUGUCCAGCUCUGGAAAAAAAAAGGGUAGAGGGGAAGGCUCUCCUGCUGUUUUACUCAACUGUAAGCCUCUUCUGCCAUGUCAUAGUUGCAUUGUCGAUGUCCGCUCAUCAGCUUCAGUCUGUGCCCAAAGUUUGGGAUAAAAGGAUGGAGGAAAAUUGGUUUCUGCGCUUUGCGGUGCCAGCUGGAUGUGCGCGGCCUUCUGGAAGUGGGGCGGAAAGCAACGCAUUCUCAAGCGCUGCCUCCGAGGUUUUUCUGCAGCCAAUACAUUCAACAAGAAUAAAAGCCCACUGCCAAGUAAAUCAUUGAGGUCUUUCUGAUUCAUUUCACCCUUUACUCAAACACAAGCUUAAAUGUUAUAAGGCAAUUAGAGGCAAUGAAAUGUUACAGAGAAUUACAAAAGUAUGUCUUGAGUCGGUCAUGCUGCUCUUUUUUUAGAAAUAAAUAUUAAUGUUUACUGCAAAGUGCUAGCAGCUGCUACUUCGUUUUCCAACACAAUGUUUGACUGUGUUUUUUGCGUGCCUUUUGGCUCCAUAUCCAGCCAUUAAACUCGCAUUUGACUGCUCUCGGAUGAAUUUGCUUGGCUUUAACCGGCCUCUUUGCAGCGUCUGUGCACCGCGUUUAGCACCUCUGCUUGGCAGGUUCGUCUGCCGGUAUCGAACGGAAAGCAGAAACGCUAACCCACACCUCUAUGGCCUGCCCGAAGGUCAUCAACCUGAUUCACACAAGUUACAAAUUGGUAGCGACGCUGCCUGCUGUGAUGGGUAAACAGUAAAGAGGUUCCUCCCGUUGUGCCGGACAUGAACUGUUCCUUUAUCGGGAUGAUUUCCUCUCAGAUGAAAGACAUCUGAGAGGACAUCUGAUGUUUGUUUGUUUUUUGUUUUUUUUUCUCUGAAGACUUGUCUGGACAUGUAAUAUCUCACAGGACUUAUUGACAGACUGUCAGAUCGCUGAGAGAUUGAAGUUAUUACACAUUUGUGUAUCAGUUUGUGACCUUUGUGCUUCUCUUGCAUCUGAGUUGUGCUUUAUGGCUUUGUUUGUUUUUGGAAAAGCGUUAUAUAGAAACUCAGGCUUAGGUACAAAUUUUGCAUGAGCAAAAAAAAAGUGGACAGUAAGGUCAUGAAGAGAUUUUUAAGUGGAUUUGCUGUACUAGGACUAGGAAGAGAACAUGGUUCUGUGAUUGAAAGAUAUUCAUUAAAGAUCUUUGAGGCA